AUGGCAGAGACGACGAAGCGCGAUCGAUCCACCUCUCCCGAACGAGUAGAGGCCGACCGACCGGAGUCGAAGCGACCAAAGGAGGAGACUACCGCGAAGAUGGCAGACACAGAAGGCAACAAGGCGGCGGCGGCGUCAGAGGAGCAGAACGCAGUUGACCUUGACUCGGGCGCAAACGUCGAUGACCACGCCGAAUCCAAGCCCUCAACCUCAGUCAGCAACGGCGGCGCCGCUGCAGAUGACGCUGGUGAUACCAGCCAACCCAUGAGUGGCGUCGAAUCAUCUGCCCAGUCUGGUGCCGCUGGAGGCGACUCGGAGCUGCAGCCGCAGAACAUUUCGAUGAAGGCUCUCAUCGUUACGGGCGACGCCAGCAUCAUCAUCGGCAAGCAGGGGAAGCACAUCAAUGAGAUUCGUGACAAGAGUGGGGCCAGACUCACUAUCAGCGAGUCCAUCCCGGGCAACCCUGAGCGUAUCAUGACUGUGCAGGGUCAGCUGGACGCUGUGAGCAAGGCAUUUGGACUCAUCGUGCGCAGAAUCAACGACGAGCCGUUCGACCAGGCAUCCGUGCCAGGAAGCAGGGCUGUCACCAUCCGCUUCAUUGUCCCUCACACUCGCAUGGGAUCCGUCAUUGGGAAGGGAGGCGCCAAGAUCAAGGAGAUUCAGGAGGCUAGUGGUGCGAGGUUGAAUGCGGGCGAGCAGAUGCUGCCGGGUAGCACUGAGCGAGUCUUGAGCAUCUCUGGCGUCGCAGAUGCAGUCCAUAUUGCCGUCUACUACGUAGGCACCAUCCUCAUCGAGCACCCCGAGCGCAAUGCCAAUCACCUCCCUUACCGCCCGAGUCCGGCAGGUUCCGGCCCCGCCGGCGUCCCCUUUGCAGGGCGAGGAGGCCCUGGCGGUCCUGGUGGCCCUGGUGCACCAGCAUCAGCGUACGGUGGCUACGCGGGUGCAGCAGGCCCCAGCGGGUUCGGCGGCUCCCCUCCCCCACCCGGUGCCGGUGCUCCAGGAGGAAACAUGCCCGCCAACUCACAAACCCAACAAAUCUUCAUCCCCAACGACCUCGUAGGCUGCAUCAUUGGCAAGGGCGGGUCGAAGAUCAAUGAGAUUCGCCAAAUGUCGGCGUCCCAUAUCAAGAUCAUGGAGCCCGGAGCUGGGGCCCUCGCGGGUGGUGGAGCAAAUGAGAGGUUGGUGACGAUUACGGGACCGCCUCAGAAUAUCCAGGUGGCAGUGCAGCUGCUCUACCAGAGGUUGGAGCAGGAGAAGAUGAGGCUCGCUACGCAGGGAGGGGCUGGCUCACCCGCUGGAGGGGCCGGGAGCGCUGGUCCGGCUGGAAUUGGGGUGAGCUGGCAUUAUGGGCAGGGACGUCGAGAGAUGCAAAGAAUGCGCAACAACUCGUCGGACCAUAUGUUCCAGCAGGCAAUCGAGUUCGCGGACGCCUAUAGGCUCGCCAUCCCCCUCAACAAAUGCAGGGCUAGGGAGCUCUACCUUCCCUGGAAGUGCGAGGAUGAGCGCCACAGCUACGAGAAGUGCCAGUACGAGGACUUCCUCCGCCGCCAGAAGGCUCUCUCUGCCCAGGUUAUGGCCAAGAGGGACGACGAGGCUUUGUAG